UUGCUCAAUUCAACCAGAGUUCAUGGAGGCUUUCAUUUUCACCUUUGCAUCACCAUAGCCAUUCUUUGAUUGAAUGAAAAUAUUCUUUAGAACCAAAACCUCCACAUACACUAUAUAUUCCAACCAACAAUCCUACUUUCACCUUUUCUUUUUUCUUUCUACAAAUUUACAAGAAUGAAUUGUUUUCCGUGUUUUUCAAAGACUAAGAAAAGCAAUAGCAGGAGGGAGCAGCAAGGGCCUACGCAACACCAAGAAAACGUUAUAGCAACAAAACCUCCGGACGUGAAAAAACCAAAAGCAGAUGAUCCAACUAAUGUUGACACUUCAAAUAUUCAAGCACAAAAUUUCACGUUCCGUGAACUGGCAAUUGCAACGAAGAAUUUCCGACAAGAAUGUUUGAUGGGUGAAGGUGGCUUUGGCAGAGUUUACAAGGGAACAAUUCCUGCAACCGGGCAGGUGGUAGCAGUGAAGCAACUUGACCGAAAUGGGGCGCAAGGAUGUAAGGAUUUUCUGGUUGAGGUUUUGAUGUUAAGCCUCUUGAACCAUGACAACCUCGUCAAACUCACUGGUUAUUGCGCUGAUGGAGAUCAACGUCUUUUGGUGUAUGAGUUCAUGCCAGGUGGCUCGUUAGAAGCCCGUCUUCUUGAGAGGAAACCAGAUGAAGCUCCAUUAGAUUGGUACAGCAGAAUGAAAAUAGCAUCACAUGCUGCGAAAGGAUUGUGGUACUUGCACGACAAGGCCAACCCUUCAAUCAUAUAUCGAGACUUGAAAUCUGCGAACAUCUUGCUAGAUGAUGAUUUCAAUGCAAAACUAUCAGAUUAUGGAUUGGCCAAACUUGCUGGCAACGAUAAGGCGAACAUUGUACCCACAAGAGUUAUGGGCACUUAUGGUUACAGUGCUCCUGAGUACGUAAGAACAGGUAACCUCACCUUGAAAUCAGAUGUCUACAGUUUUGGAGUUGUCUUGCUGGAGCUCAUUACUGGACGGCGUGCGGUUGACACCACAAGAUCACACGAUGAGCAAAAUCUAGUUUCAUGGGCACAACCGAUAUUUAGGGAUCCAAAGAGAUAUCCAGAUAUGGCAGAUCCAAAUUUGAAUAAUGAAUUCCCAGAAAAGGAUUUGAACCAAGUUGUUGCAAUUGCAGCCAUGUGCUUGCAGGAGGAAGCAGCAGCCCGUCCUUUGAUGAGUGAUGUUGUAACUGCUCUGAGUUUUCUUUCCACUGCUUGUCCAGAGGGUGGUGGUGGCGACAACAAUAGCUCCUCCGGUGAAUACUCUUCUUCUAGCGAUGACAGUGGAUCUUCUAAAAACCAGGUUAGUGAAAAAUAACAAGAAAGUGAAGACGCCUGAGAAUGUGAGUAUGAUUAUUAUGAGAAUGAAAACCAACAUAAUUACAGUCCUGAAGUCAGUAAAGAGACACUGCUCCAAAUCGAGCCGCAAGAGCAGCACCAAUUGAUUAUUUAGAUCAUGGACGCGUCUCAAUCAGUAGGAAAAGUAGGAAAAAGAAAUCUUGUUUAAAUCAGAGGAGCAGUAAGCAAAAGAGGAGCAACAAGAGAAGUCUUUCAUCCAAUUCAAGUAGCAGUGGGAUGUGGCAUACCGUAAAAGGGAACAUUUCAAUCGGCCAAAUCAGACAAUGGCAGCAGCAUAAGGUCAAAGGAAAGGAGCAGCAUGUAUUUAGAUUACACCAAAACAACAGUGAAAAUGUUCAUUCAUUCACCAUAAAAAUCCAUUAUCCUUGCCUGCAUGCAUGGUUGCAGUCACAUAUCAUGCUUUGUACACUUCUGUCAAUGUUUGUUUAUACCUAUGGUCGACUCAAAUAACUAAGAUAACAAAAUCUGGUAUCCGCUAUUUUCAAAAAUCUCCAAC